ACAGCAAACACAGGUUACUUCCGGUUUGAAAUGUGUGAAUUGCAGGCGGGCACAUAUUUGAAAGUGCCGUGAGACUGAGAGAAGAUUACUUCACUCACAGAUAUUUAUGUGUAUGGAACUUUAUAGGUAUUGCUUGAUGAGAACCCAUAACACCUUUUUAUUUAUACUGAGAGCUCAGACCAACAGACUAAAAAUUUCACUGAGUUCGAAGUGCGGGAAAACCAGAACCUCUAUAAUGGGCCUACUAUCUAUCAUACUCAUAGACGUCUAUGAUACUACCAAUAAAAUGGUCAAUCUCGUAGAGCUAACCAAGGCUGUUUGUAGAGCUUUAGAUAAUAGGCGUAAUAGAUAGUUCUACAUACGAGUUCACAUUUUUAGUAGUUACUUAUGAGGUCAUCAAUCGUCAACUGAAGAAAAACUCACUUCACACUCAUAUUUGGUCAUGUAUUAUAUAUGCGUACUUUGAUUAAUCGUGCUCGAGUUCAGAAGUAACAAAUAAACAAAGUGUCCAGAUGUUUGUGGAGAGUAUAAACAAAUGUCGGAUCGGGAUGAUCCACUGACCAGGCUAUAAAGCCAGAUACUGUAAACCCAGAUCCCUUAAGUUCUUAACCACGUUGUUAGUUACAUAAUAGGAACUUUUGGGGAAAAAAUUUAGGAACCCGAACCCUGGAAUUCCUUCAUUACUAGCUGGGUGAUGCUGAUGUUCACUGCUGUGAUGGCUAGUACAUUUUCACUCACCUCAGUUGAUAAACUGCAUUUUAAGGGAAUUUCAAGGAAUGUUCGUCUGAAUGUUAGUUUGGUUAUUUGUAUCAAAAUUUUCUUCAAUCCAUUUAAAUCUUGUGACAUUGAUCUGAUCCGAAACUGACAUCUUAUUUCAGUGGGGGAGGGGGGGGGGGGGGAUACAUUUUGAAUAGAAAAUCCCAAUGGGAUUUUGGAGGUGAGGACUAUUCCUAUAGACCGAUCUCAAAAGAUAUUCAUGUAUUCAUUGACCGCAGGUCAUUAAGUUGAAAACGAGGCUAAGCUAGGUUUCUCCUCCGCAACAAUUACAACAUGGCUGAGGAAGUGCCGAUUCCAAAACGCGAUGAAUACUGUUGUGUUCCGCAAUGCAACGGGAACGCAAGGCUCCACAAAGAACUCAGUUUUCAUAAAAUACCAUCCUUGAAAAAACCUGACCUGAGGAGAAGAUGGAUUAUUGCUAUCCGUCGGGAUGAAGGGCCGCUUUUUAAGAUCGGAGGUAACACUGUUGUAUGUUCACGACAUUUUAAGACUGAGGACUUCAGAUGGACACUUGUCCGAAAAUGCCUAAAGCCUGACGCUGUUCCUUCAGUAUUCCAGUGGACUGGUGAAGUCAAUACAAGAAAGCCACCGAAAGAAAGGACUUCGCAACACAAAAAAGUAUUAGCCGAGAUACAUGUACCUUCUUCCUCCCAAGAACUGCAAACAAGUGAUGAUUUACAUGAUGAAAAUUUGCCAGAAGUGUCAUCAGAUGAAAACAAAGACCCCCAUAUUGAGUGUAGUGCAAAGCUUGCUGAACUGCAGAAGAUUUUGGAAGAUAAAGAAUCAGAAAUUAAAGCUAAGAAUGAAGAAAUAGAAGCUUUAAAUAAAAAAUUGACCCUCGAACGCUUUGGUAUCAACCGAUUUUCAUUUGACAAUGAAAUGGUAGAAUUUUACACAGGAUUUCCCAGUUAUGCUUUAUUUCUUACAUUCUACAAUGCAAUUAAACCAACCGCUCUUCGCAUGAAAAGCGUUUACUACAGCCAAGUUGAUGAAUUGAGUAGUAGAGGUAGACCAAAAGCAAUGGACCCAAUUGACGAGCUCUUCAUGUUUCUAUGUAGAUUGAAAUGUGGUUUCCUAUCUGAUGAUUUAUCUGUACGAUUUAAUAUUCAUAAGUCCACAGUAAGCAGGAAAAAUAUAACCUGGGGAAAUUACAUGUAUUUUUUGUUGGGAGGUAUAAAUAUCUGGCCAUCACGAGAAAAAAUAUUGCAGCAUAUACCUAAUGAUUUCAAAGUUUCAUAUCCAAAGACUCGCAUCAUCAUAGACUGUACCGAGAUUUUCUCAGAAAGACCAUCCUCACUGGCCCUUGCAUCUAAAACAUUUUCAACCUACAAGAGCCACAACACAUGGAAGGGUCUAGUAGGAAUAGCACCUAAUGGAUCAAUCACUUUUAUAUCCUCUUUAUAUUCUGGAUGCAUGUCUGAUGUUGAAAUUACUAAACGCUGUGGCCUUAUUGAACUCAUGGAGACAGGCGACCAAAUAAUGGCAGAUAAGGGUUUUGUCCUGAAUAAUGUAUUGAAAGACACCGGAAUUUCAGUGGCAACCCCACAUUUCUUGUGCGCAGAUGGCCAAUUCACAGCUUCACAAAUAGAAGACAACCAGAAAAUUGCAUCACUAAGAAUACAUGUUGAACGGCAUAUCAAGAGGGUGAAAGAAUAUAAACUACUACAAUCAACAGUACCACUCUCAAUUGCAGGAUCAGUGAACCAGUUGUGGACCGUGGCCAAUCUUCUUACGUUAUUCAGAAGGCCAUUAAUAAAGCAGAAAAAAUAAAACUUAUGUUUCACA